CUCGGAGCUCAGAGCGCUUCCUGGUUCGUGCUCGGCUGGCUAGGCUGUCCUCACUGAGCUGCAGCUAUAGCGCGGUUGGCGGUGCGGCUGUCAGACUGACUGUAAAACCCGCUUUCGCUCUAAACGGUGUUUCGCUCUUCAGCGUUUUUAAUGGACGCUCGCCGCCCGCAGACACCGUGAGGAGAGAAUUCACUACGAGAGACAAUCCAAGGAGGCUGUUUAUAGUACACUUUGAGGAUGGGCUUCGGGGAGGAUCUGUGGUGCCAUCAGGGCCACGCGGCUCUGCUGCGUCUGCAAGACUCCGAGCUGCGACUGAUGGAGGUCAUGAAGAAGUGGAUGACUCAGAGGGCCAAGAGUGACCGGGAGUUCUCUGUGCAGCUGCAUCAGAUGGCAGCAAUGGUGGAGAAGCUGGAAGGCCCUCAGCCUGGAGGAGGCUUGGACUACAUUAGCCAACUCAAUAAGUCAUGGAACGUGAUGGUGAAUGAGACAGAGAAUCUCAGUCGAAUCUUCCGGAAGCACUCUGAGGAUCUGAUGGUGGGUCCCCUCAGCAAACUCACACUCCUCAUCCGAGACAAGCAGCAGCUAAAGAAAACCUAUGGGGAGCAGUGGAACCAACUCAACCAAGAGCUCUGCAGGGUGACCCAAACCGAGCUGGACCGCCUGAAGUCCAGUUACAGGCAGCUGGUGAGGGAUGCAGCCCUGGCCAAGAGGAAAUACCAGGAGGCCAGUAAAGAUAAAGACCGCGAGAAAGCCAAGGAGCGCUACAUCAAAGCCACGCUGAAACUCCACGAGCACCACAACGAGUAUGUGCUGUCAGUAAAGGCGGCUCAGGUGCACCACCAGCAGCACUAUGGCCAGAGCCAGCCGGCACUGCUGGGAGCGCUGCAGACGUUGCAGGAGGAGAUGGUGCUCGUACUAAAGGAGAUCCUUCAGGAGUAUUUUGACCUGUCCAGCUUGCUCCAGGAUGAGGUGGUGUGUGUCCAUAAAGAGAUGGCCAAAGCCUUAAAAAACAUUGAGCCUCAUAGAGAGUAUGAGAGCUUCAUUCAGCAGAACAGGUCAAGAGCAGAUGUGCCUCCCUGCGUGGAGUUUGACAACAGUUUGCUCGAAGAUGCUGAGCGUCUGAAGCCUGAAGAGCUGGAGCUCAAUGAGCUGACUCUGGAAGGGAUCCAGCACCGGCUCACGGCCGUGGAGGAAGAGCUACUCAGUCUGGCGGCUACUCUGGGAGCACAGCAGGCCACCGUCAACCAGCUGGAGCUGGACCUAGAGGCUGAGGAGGGUUCAACCAAUGCCGGCCAAAGGGUGUACCAGUUCAGCAAGCGUAACGCACUGGAGGACAGCCGGCAGCAGGUGGUGAUGUCUAUGGUGGCGCGAGCCCGACUGGAGGCCCAGCGAAGGCUUCUGGCUGAUAAACUGCAGAGUUUGGGCAGCAAGGAGGCUCCGCCGGUGUGCCUGGAUGACGACCAAAUCUCUAUCACCUCCAGCAACUCUAGCGAGCGAGAGAAAGAUAACAGGCUACUCAACAUGGAUGGCAUCAUCAGCCACCUCAGCAGCCUGUUCAAACCCAAGUACAUGAGUAGUGUGUUUUACAAUGUCCCCCAGGUGCCCCCCGCUUUGUCUCCUGUGCCUGAGGUGGAGAAGCCUCUAAGUCAGCAGGGCUGGUAUCACGGAGCCAUCCCGCGCGUGGAGGUCCAGGAGCUGCUGAAGAAUGAUGGAGAUUUCCUGGUCAGGCAGAGUCAGGGCAAGCAGGAGUAUGUGCUGUCUGUGCACUGGGGUGGGCAGUGUCGCCACUUCCUCAUUCAAAACACAGAGGGAAUGUAUCGUCUGGAUGGUGAAGGUUUUCCGACUGUACCACUGCUCAUGAACCACCUCCUCAACUCGCACAAAAAUGUCACUAAGAGGACAGACAUAGUGCUGAAAAGGCCGAUCCUUAAGGACAAGUGGGUUCUAGAGCACGAUGACGUCAUACUUGGGCAAAGCAUCGGGCGGGGAAACUUUGGUGAGGUGUUCAGCGGCCGCCUACGCUCCGACAACACACCAGUGGCAGUGAAGGCCUGCCGUGAAAACCUUCCACCAGAACAUAAAAAUAAAUUUCUCAUGGAAGCUAGGAUCCUAAAGCAGUACGACCAUCCAAACAUAGUGAAGCUCAUCGGCGUGUGCACGCAGAAGCAGCCCAUCUACAUCAUUAUGGAGCUGGUGCAAGGGGGCGACUUCCUCUCCUUCCUCCGAACAGAGGGGCACAACCUGAAGCCCAAGAUGCUGAUCAAGAUGGCAGAAAACGUGGCGUCUGGCAUGGAGUACCUGGAGAGCAAGAAAUGCAUUCACAGGGACCUGGCUGCUAGGAACUGUCUGGUUGGAGAGGAGAGUGUAGUGAAAAUAAGUGAUUUUGGCAUGUCCCGCCAGGAGCAGGACGGUGUGUACUCGGCAACCGGCGGCAUGAGGCAGAUUCCAGUCAAGUGGACCGCGCCGGAGGCCCUCAACUACGGGCGCUACACCAGUGAGAGUGACGUGUGGAGCUUUGGAGUGCUGCUGUGGGAGACGUUCUCCAGGGGAAUCACACCUUACACCAGCAUGAACAACCAGCAGACCAGAGACGAGGUCGAACGAGGCUAUCGUAUGCCGGCUCCCACUGGCUGUCCAGAUGAGAUCUAUGCUCUCAUGUGCCGCUGUUGGCAGUAUGACCCCAGACACCGUCCUUCAUUCCAGAAAAUCAGGGCAGAGCUGCAGUCUCUCUGCCAAUGAUGCACAUUCACAAUGACAGCUGUGCUUUUUCACAAGCAAAAACACAGAAUCUGACUGUGCCUUCAAGAUGUAAGCUGUCUACAUGAGCAGAGCGUCUGAUCUGGGAGUACUUGUGUUAUAUAUUUUGCUUCCCCAAUAUUUCAUAAUAGAUGCUUUAACUUUUAUAAUGUAUUUAAAUUGAACUCUUAAACCCAUAAGGGUUCUUAACUUAUGAUCACGGUGUGUUAUGAUAUUGUCUUACUGUAAAUAAAGUCAAAUGAGUGACUCAGUGGAA